GAAGGAACUGGGGCUGUGGCAAAAGUUGCGCCACCCUAAUAUAGUGCAGUUCCUUGGUGUUCUAAAGCACUCCGAUCGGUUGAUCUUCCUGACGGAGUACCUUCGCGAUGGAAGUUUGUAUGACAUCCUAAAACGGAAGGGAAGACUUGAUCAGGAAACAGCAGUUUCGUAUGCUUUAGAUAUUGCAAGGGGCAUGAAUUAUCUGCAUCAACACAAACCACGUGCUAUUAUACACCGGGAUUUGACACCAAGGAAUGUGUUACAAGAUGAGUCUGGACACCUAAAGGUUACAGACUUCGGCUUAAGCAAAAUUGCACAGGAAAAGGAUGACCAAGGUUACAUGAUGACUGGAGGAACAGGUUCAUAUCGCUACAUGGCACCUGAGGUAUAUCGUCGAGAAUCCUAUGGGAAAAGUGUUGAUGUCUUCUCCUUUGCCCUCAUAGUACAUGAGAUCUUCCAAGGAGGGCCAUCAAAUAGAACAGCACUCCCUGAGCAUAUUGCAGACAAGCGGGCAUUUGAAGAUGCUCGACCAUCUCUAUCCUCAUUUGUUUACCCUGAUCCAAUUAAGAUGCUUCUUCGAGAGUGUUGGCACAAGAAUCCUGAAAGUCGACCAACAUUUGAAGAGAUAAUAUCAAAGCUAGAGUCGAUCCAGGAGAGUUUCCAAAGUAAGAAAGACGCAGGUGGCUGUUGCUGCUGUUGCAUCUUAUAGAGAUUAACUGAACAGCAACACAUAUACAUCCCGACUCCAAUUUUCACCAUACUGAAUGUGUGUUCUCCUUUUCACUCUGUAUUCUCCUUUCUGUAUUUGAUUUAUGCCUUCCCUUUUCACCAUGCACUUGUGUAUCUGCUGCUGCAUGUGAGGCCCUACAUAUCCUUGGGGAAGUCUUAUCUCCCAGAUAUCAUGUAUAAAAGUCGUUUGGGAAAUUCUUAUGGACACCCUCUCAUUCACAAUUUGCCAUGUAAUCUUCUUGCACAUUUGUCUCUGAAAUGGUCCAAAUUUGUCAAGCCAGAGAAAACUGACGCUCCCUGCACUGCAGCACUUUCAUCAUUAUUGCCGCAUCCCCUGCCAUGACCUCAGUUUGGCCUCCACAACCAGAUCACAACUUAAACAGCAACAAGAGCACAGGUGCCUGAAGAUAUCAUUAUUUCUUCCAAGUUCAUGGCUACAGUGUGGCCUGAAGUUAUGGAUUGGAACAGAAUCUUCAGAUUGUAUUUACUUGUUUCAUUAUCUUGGAUCAAAUAAGCGCAUGGGGUUCGAGAAUA